UUUUUAUAUGGAACUAAACGGAAGCUAGCAUGUAUUUUACAAGAUAUUAAUCAUGACGGCAUUUUAAAAAGGGUAUUCCAAUUUCCCACCUGCUGAAAAGUUAAAAAACUUCUAAUCACAUACAAAAACUGGGGAAAUUUGUCAGGGGGUGGACCCGAUGUUUGGUACGGAAAUGAUUAAUUUAUAUAGAUCAUGUUGUAUAUUUCGAUGGCUGGGUUUUGCUACCUCACGUUCACAGAGGUUGUGAAUGACUUCGUUCGUCAUUUGACGUUCGCGAGCGGAACGAAAGUGUGAAAAAGAAAAAAACAGACAACGAAAACCACAGAAAGCAAUUUCGGUUGCAUCUUGGUCGGUGCUCGGCCGGUUUUACUAUCGGAUGAAAGGUUGCUAAGACUACCGGUCACAGCCACACAUACACUUCCUCCGAUGGAAGGUGAAAAGGAAACAGCGGAACCGCCAGCCGGUGCUGGCACUGUGGUGAAUAACGCACCGGAAACCCAAAUCCAAAGUGCCCAGAAAGAGUUGCUGCGAAUGCGAGAAGAAUUCAACCAGCAGCGAGCCCGCAUGAAGGAGCUGUACCUAGCCAAAGAAAAUGAAUGCAGAUGGCUUGCAGCCGAAUCGGCUACCGCACGGAAAGAGCUGGAGGAAGCGAAAGCACAGCUUAUGAUCAUGGAGUACAGCCGGGAAAAGGAUGCAGAAGAGCAGCGUAACAAGGUCGAGGAUGAAAACCGCACCCUAAAGCAGCUGGUCAACGAAACGCUGGAUGAAUCAUCCCUAAUGCGCGAAUCGGUCCAGCAGAUGAAGGAUGAAAAUGGCCGGCUUGCGGAGGAGAUACGGCAGCUAAAGGAAGAGCUGGCGGAUAGCAAUCAGGUGUCACCGAGCCUUGCAAAAACCGUGCAGCAGGCGAAGAAAAUAAUACUCAAACUCGGUGCGGCCGACUCGAGCAGCUGCGACAACCUGGAAGAUUCAAUGCGGAAGGUAAAGAAAUAUGCACAGGAAGAUGCGGAAGUGUUGCGUUCGUUGGUAGUACCGCUGGAGGAAGAGAUUAAGUCACUGAAGGAAAAGCUGCGGCUCGCGUACGAAGAAAUCGAAACGUACACGACCGCCCGCGAAAAGCAACCCAAAGAUGGAACGCAAACGUCUGCGCUGAUAGGUAUGCUUGCUCCGGCUGGCCCGGCGCAGGAGCCACCUGCGGCCAACGAACCGCCACCGUGCGAACAGUGCGCAACGCACCAAGCGAACUUGGCACGUCAGCAAGAAGAGGAAAGGAAGCGUACGGUGGCAUGGGAAAAAAGUUGCGACCGGUUGAAGGAGCAGGUCACGAAAGAGGCGGCCUUACGCGCCGAUCUCGAGGUGCAAUGGCACAAGAAGCGGGAGGAGCACAAAAACGAGGUGCAGAAGCUUACCGAAUGGUCCACCGAUACGGAGCAAGCGCUCGACAAGCUGCGGCGUGAGUAUGGCCAGCUGAAGAUUGCUCUACGGGACGAACUGCAGAAGCUAACUCAAGAACGGGAACACAUAUGCUACAGGCUGAACAGUCUGCAGCAGGACAACGACUUCCUUUCGGGCAAAUAUAUUGCCAGCUCGGACGCGCUCAAAGAUCAAGAGAUUAACUUUCCCCAAAGCAUCGAGGAGCUGCAGGAGCUGGUGUUGACGCUGCAUGAAAAUUUAAUCGUCACUAAAGCGGGCUGUGAAUUUGCCGAACGGAAGGCGCGUAGCAUGCAGGAUGAGGUGGCACUGCUGCAGGAGCAACAGCGCUGCCGGGAUCGGGAGGUAAAGAAAGCGGAGCAACAUUUCAUCCAGAAGCAGCACGUGCUGCUAGAACAGCUGCGCAAGCAAGAGCACGACUUUAAUCUGCUCGUUAGCGUGCGCGAAGAGUUGGAACGGACCGACGUGGAACAGCAAAAGCAAAACUCGGACCUGCGGAUGCAGAUCAUCGAGCUGCAGGCAUGCAACGAACGGCUCGACCGGCAGAACAAUGAUCUGCGCAGCAAAAUGAUGGUGCUGCAGGAGGAUCUGGCGAACAACGAGGCGGUACAGAAGGACUUUGUCAAGCUGUCCCAGUCACUGCAGAUGCAGCUGGAAAAGAUCCGGUCCGCGGAUACGCAGGUACGCUGGCAGGACGACGAUGAUGUGGAUCAGUGCCCCAAUUGCAAAAAAGAAUUUACCGUAACGCGGCGCAAACAGCACUGUCGACACUGUGGCACCAUCUACUGUCAGCCGUGCCUAUCGAAAUCGGUACCGUCCGGACCGAACCGGAAACCGGCCCGGGUGUGCGACGUUUGCCAUACACUGUUGGUGCAGGAUACGGCGCCAUACUUUAGCCGGGAACCACCACAGUCACCUUAGGAUGUUUCGUACGUCUUCCGUACAAUAGUUCUCUCUCUCUGUGCUCUAUUAUAAAGAGGAUGCGCUACAAGCUCGAAACAUAAUGGGGGCUGGCUUCUAUGACUUGAUUCUAUCCGUAAGCGAGUCGUCCUGCGCGACCAGAUUCGAACGAAGGAACCGUUGCUUAAUUCAUACUUAACUUGGAUUAACAAGCUGACGGAUUGUGUUAAGGUUCCAGGCAUCCACAUACACGCCGUUUCACCGUACGAUGUGCUGUGUGCAUAACUUUCAUAGGUCACUGUGGCCGCAUGACAUGGUUUGCCGCGAUGCAAGUUAUAGUAUUUUGUUGUACACCCGCUGGUUAGACAGACGACGGUGGACUUUGUUAAGCGUAAAGCCGAAGAGGAUGCGAAUUAUUUAGUUAUAUGGAAAGUUAAUUAAACAAAUAUAACCGUCUGUGUACAGAGAGCGUA